GUUACUUCCGUCGACGACGGAACCAUCUGAUGGCUAUAACAACAACGAAGCACUCUCCCAGCCCUUCUUAGUGAUACGCUGAGAGUAGCGAGCAAAGUCAUGGACACGCUGUCGCCUGUGCCGAGCACGGGUUCCUGAUGUCCUCCUGAUCCUGUUGUUCACUCCCUCUUUUAACGACCGCCUCGGUGUAUAAAGGCUACCACUGAGGCCAUUUGCUCCGCAGGACUACUACUGUUCUCUUCCCAAGCAUGCGUGUUCGCCGCUUCCUCCUGGCCUCCUCUCUCGGUCUCCUGGGUACGGCCUACGCCACCCCAAUGACUGUGCGGAGUGCGCCUGUCACGCUGCCCGUAGCAAAGCGCGUGAACACGACCGGCACGCUCAACCUCGUGGCGCAUGACAGAGCUCGUGUGGCAGGGCUGCGCGCGCGUAGUACCGGCGGCGCUCUGCAAUCCGACUCGAUCGUCGGGAGCGCACCUUCGACGAACCAGGCAGUAGACUACGUCGCAAGCAUCGAAAUUGGGAACCCACCGACGACCUAUUCGCUUCUUGUGGACACGGCGAGCUCGAAUACGUGGGUCGGCGCCAUGCAACCGUAUGUCCAAACGGCGACCAGUGUCCAGACGCGCGACUCUGUUCACGUAACGAUAGGUGCGGAUGAGUCUAUGAGCGGCAUCGAGUUCAAUGACCAGGUCUCUAUCGGAAAUGGAGAUGGACUCGUCAUUAUUGGCCAAUCUAUCGGCGCGGCAACGGAUACGACAGGUUUUGACGACAGCGACGGUAUCCUUGGUCUCGGCCCAACAUCCCUCACGAUUGGAACCCUCUCGCCAGAUACGACACAGAGUGUCCCGACGGUGGUAGACAGCCUCUUUCAGCAGGCAGUAAUCCAGCAGGACCUCGUCGCCAUCUCGUUCGAGCCGACGAACAGCGUCGGGAACGCGAAUGGCGAGCUUACGUUUGGCGGCACAGACUCAAGCAAGUUUAUUGGAUCGAUUGACUUUACACCGAUCACGACGACGAGCCCGUCGAGCAAUUUUUGGGGCAUCAAUCAGCAGAUUCGGUAUGGCACGAACACGAACAUUCUCUCCGAGACCGCCGGGAUCAUCGACACGGGCACGACGCUCAUGCAGAUCGCCACUGAUGCAUUCCAGCGCUACCAAACCGCCACCGGGGCGGUACUAGACGACAACACUGGCCUAUUGUCGCUUACGCUCGACCAGUUCUCAAGCCUGCAGAGCCUGUCCUAUGUCAUUGGCGGCGUCACGUUCGAGUUUACCGCGAACGCGCAGAUCUGGCCUCGUGCCCUGAACGACGCGAUCGGCGGCGAUGACCAGCACGUGUUCCUCGUUGUGAGCGACAUCGGCUCCAACUCAGGCUCCGGCCUCGAUUUCAUCAAUGGCAUGACCUGGAUCGAGCGGUUCUAUGUCGUCCUCGAUACGGGCAACCAGAGGGUUGGAAUUGCCAACACGCCGUUCACGCAGGCCGGCACAAAUUAGCCGAGGUUGGUGCGGGAGAUUCUAUGCGACGGCAGGUCGAGUUUUUGGGGCUCGAUAUCGUCAAGAUGAGAUUAAGUCUUCGUACGAGAAUAUAUACUACACGCUCAGCAAAGCUCCGCAAGCACGCCUACGGCUGGGAAACGGGAUAUGUUACAUGCCAACGAAAACCGAAAAGUGUUCUACAACCAUGGAAAGGGUGAGUAGAGUAUAGAUACAGGACCGGCACCGGUAAAAGAGAGUGAAUACACGUCUACUCCAUGCUAUGACAUCAAAAGUGAUACGCUAGCGAAUCCAACCUCUUCCUUCGUCCUUGACUGCAUCCUUCUUUCAUAGAGUCGACUAGUCGACGUCGUUCCAACUUCCAGGAAGGUCGUGGCCGUCGUGACUGUUGUGGCGUUGAGAACCGCCACGGCUGUUGCCCUGCGAGCCACGGCGCACAUUUGGGCCCGAAGUGUUCCUGCUGUCAUGCUGGUUGUUCGGGCUUUGGUUGUUUCCGGUGGCCUGCUGCCCCGUGCUCGACGCAACGUUCUGGAUGAUGUUGAAAAAGCUGCCGAGGAAGCCUCCGGGUAUAUGCUGCUGGUUCUGUCCGCGCGGUGACGAUGGGCCAUUGUUGUUUGCACCCGUGCUGGGAUUGCCGCGAUUGUUGUUGCUGUCAGUAUUGUUGUUGGGACUAGAGCUGCUCGCAGGACCGGCACCAGAAGAACCGUGCGAGGGCUGAGGGACAAGCUGGUGCCUGCAGACAGGGCAGGUACCACUGGACUUGAGCCAGGGCAUGAUGCAUGGCUCGUGGAAAGGAUGCUUGCAGGGAAGCAUGACGACAACUUGUUCGUUCGGAUCUUCUGUUCCAAGCUGGAACUGCUCUUUACACACCGCACAGUCUUUCUCGAGCAGUGGGGAUCCUUCCACGAGCACCUCGCGCGGGAGGUUCUUCAUAAUUUCCUCCGUCGCCGCAACGGGAUGUCCUUGGGAAUUCUCCAUAAGCUGAGUGAUAAUCUGAUCGAGCGCUUCCUGGUUGAAGACAUAGUCCCCAAACCUGCCUGCUUCAGCACCUGGGGGCAUCAUGCCUUCCAAGACAUCACCCAUGGGGCCGUUGCGGUUGGGAUUCGAGAGCAUAGCGAGUAAGUAUUGGAACAUGAGUGAUCCAUCAAUCGUAUCCCGCCCUUGUUGUGGUCGUCGUCCCCCGAAAUUUGGGACGUAUUCUGAAAAGAGGGGAAUAUCGCCUGUUCUUGCGGGCCCUGCCGAGAACGUGGUUCGCGGUCCUUCACCUGGAGUGCUUGUUCGGUUGAUGCGUAUUGUAUAGCCCGAGUUCUCGCCCAUUGUUGGUAGAGUUGUUCUGCUACCCGCGAGCGGUGGGGACCGUGCCUGUCCUGGAGGAGUAGCGCUUGUUCGAAGGAGAUUGUGCAGUCCGAAAAGAAGGUUAUCCGCUCCAAACGGGUCGUCUUCCUCUCCGAAGCCAUGCGCGAACUCGCGCGGAUCGUCCGUUGGAUUCUCGAGCUUCUCAACAAAUGUUCCGUUGCACGAUGCGCAAUGGGGAUCUGGCACCAUUAACGGGCGCAUCUCGGCAUGGCACUCAUGGCAGUACCAGAGGGGCUCUCUGCUCGACAUCGUUGUUGAAAGUGGCGGUGGAAGACGCAGGUAUGCGCUG